UCCAUUUUUAGAUGUUUAUAAUGAAGAUCGAUCAGAGUCCCGUGGAACCACGAAAUUCGUUCAUCACACGCCUUAGAAUUCGUGCUUUUUUCGAAAUCAAAUUUUGACGAACUUUGUCGUAGUCUUCGAUCAAGCAUCGUUUUAACCGUAUCGACGACGAUGACACGAAUUCACGGAUUUUUAACAGUCUGUUUACUGGCUGUUGGAAUCGUCAACUGUUACGUUCCUAAUUAUAGGGACGUUUUGGAAAAUGGCACCGAAUCCUCCGCGACGAGUGACGCAGAUGUCCAGAGGAUCGGCGGUAGCAGUGAUUUUGACAGCUCACAGCUCAGCAGCGAUGGUGCCACAGAAGAAAAUAUGCAAUUCAACAACCACGUGGACAAUGUACAUUCAUCGAGAAGAGUGCAAAAGAGAUCUUCAAAGUCUAAUAAAUUGGUGAAAGAAUCGAAUGAUGAUCUUGAUUGGAUUUUCAGAGAAGGUGAAAAAACGCUGAAGAAAAUAAGUGAGGAGACAGCGAAACAGAAGGAGGCCCGGAUACAGCAGCAGCAGCAGCUUAAAGACGAAUGGAAUAUCGUUGAAAUAAAUCUGAAGAAAUUACACGCGGGCACAGCGCAGAAGAGAUUACACGAGAACACAGCGCAGAAGAAAUUACACGAAGACACAGCGCAGAAGAAAUUACACGAGGACACAGCGCAGAAGAAAUUACACGAGGACACAGCGCAGAAGAAAUUACACGAGGACACAGCGCAGAAGAGGAGACGGCAGGAGGGUAAAGACAACCAAUCCGGAUCUGGGAGUCGUCAAAAUCGUUCGUGAUUCGAAUGGUUCUUUCUUCGAGUAACGGAGCGUCUUGAAUAGCCCGGCGUUGAUUUUUCAGUCUCGCCAUCCCUUCGUUGCUCUUUUCUCAAUAAUAAAUAUUUACGAUUG